GGGUCCCGGGGUGCCCCGCGGGGUGCGCGCCCGCGCGUGCGCGCCCGGCGCCUCCCGCCGGCCCGGCGGCCUCCGCGGCUCCCGCGCGGCGGCGGUUCCUCUGCACCCCCCCAGCCCUGGCUCCGGGGGACCCCGCGAUGCCGGUGCGCACCGAGUGCCCCCCGCCGGCCGGUGCCUCGGCCGCGGCGGCGGCGGCCUCGCUCAUCCCCCCGCCGCCCAUCAACACCCGGCAGCCCGGCGUGGCCACCAGCCUGCUCUACAGCGGCUCCAAGUUCCGCGGUCACCAGAAGAGCAAGGGGAACUCGUACGACGUGGAGGUGGUGCUGCAGCACGUGGACACGGGGAACUCCUACCUUUGUGGAUACCUGAAGAUUAAAGGCCUGACUGAGGAGUAUCCAACCCUGACGACCUUCUUUGAAGGGGAAGUCAUCAGCAAAAAGCACCCUUUCUUAACCCGUAAGUGGGACGCAGACGAAGACGUUGACCGGAAACAUUGGGGCAAGUUCCUGGCAUUUUACCAGUAUGCAAAGUCAUUUAAUUCCGAUGACUUCGAUUACGAAGAACUGAAGAAUGGAGAUUACGUUUUCAUGCGAUGGAAGGAGCAGUUCCUGGUCCCGGACCACACAAUCAAGGACAUCAGUGGUGCUUCCUUCGCUGGUUUCUACUACAUCUGCUUCCAGAAGUCGGCUGCCUCCAUAGAGGGUUACUACUACCAUCGCAGUUCCGAAUGGUAUCAGUCCCUCAACCUGACCCACGUUCCUGAACACAGCGCGCCCAUCUAUGAAUUCCGGUGACAGCAGGUCCGCACGGCAACCCAAUAAAACUGACCUUGGCAACCACGAACUUGGCCAGG